UGGUGUCCGACACCGACCCAUAUCUACACCUCUUAUCAUCGAGUUUUGAAUUUGGAUUUUGAAAUUCAGUUUUGUGAAGCUGGAAUCGGGUACGGAGAUUCUUCCUGUGGACCUUCAAUUCCAUCAUCAUCCAAGUUGUUGAUCAAAGGCGGUACUGUGGUUAAUGCUCACCAUCAACAAAUCGCCGAUGUUUAUAUUGAAGACGGUGUCAUCGUUGUUGUUAAUCCAACUAUCACUGUUGGAGAUGAGGUGCGUGUCAUAGAUGCUACUGGCAAGUUUGUUAUGCCAGGAGGCAUUGAUCCUCAUAUUCAUCUAGAGUUUGAGUUUAUGAACACUGUAACGAAGGAUGACUUCUUCAGUGGCCAGGCCGCAGCAUUGGCUGGUGGGACGACAAUGCACAUUGACUUUGCCAUACCAAUUGAUGGGAGUUUAACGGCCGGUUUCGAAGCCUAUGAAAAGAAGGCGAAGAAGUCUUGCAUGGAUUAUGGUUUCCAUAUGGCUAUUACCAAAUGGGAUGAAACAGUUGCAAGAGAAAUGGAGCUCAUGGUCAAGGAGAAAGGUAUCAAUUAUUUUAAGUUUUUCAUGGCUUACAAAGGAGCUUUUAUGAUCGGUGAUGAGCUUCUUCUACAAGGACUUAAAAAGUGCAAGUCUCUCGGUGCCUUAGCCAUGGUCCAUGCAGAAAACGGAGAUGCUGUGGAUGAAGGGCAAAAGAAGAUGAUAGAGCUUGGAAUAACUGGACCCGAGGGACAUGCUCUUUCAAGGCCUCCAGUGGAAGGUAUGUACGCUCUUGUCAUGAAUAGAUCAAAAAAUGAGUCUUGUGGUCAUUACAGGGAGAGUCAGCAGUUGAGGUUACAAAUGACGGUGUUGACGCUGUAGGGCAUACAAUAG